GGGAAUAUACUAUUUAUCUAUUUAACCAGUACAGGAGAAUCGAAGAGCCGGAGGCUGCGGGGUUCCAGGGCUUUGUGAACGGCCUUGAUUUUUGGGUGGUCCGCGCUCAGCGCUGCUCUAGAGAUGCUGGCCUUGUUUAACAAGCUGUUGGACUGGUUCAAGGCUCUGUUCUGGAAAGAGGAGAUGGAGCUGACGCUUGUGGGCUUGCAGUAUUCUGGGAAGACCACCUUUGUCAACGUGAUUGCGUCUGGACAGUUCAAUGAAGACAUGAUACCGACUGUUGGGUUUAACAUGAGAAAAAUCACCAAAGGGAAUGUGACUAUUAAGCUCUGGGAUAUAGGAGGGCAGCCACGAUUCCGAAGUAUGUGGGAGAGAUACUGCAGAGGUGUCAGCGCAAUUGUUUACAUGGUGGAUGCUGCUGAUCAGGACAAAAUUGAGGCAUCAAAAAAUGAACUUCAUAACUUGCUGGACAAGGCCCAACUACAGGGGAUACCGGUGCUUGUUCUUGGAAAUAAGAGAGAUAUUCCAGGAGCUUUGGAUGAGAAGGAAUUAAUUGAAAGGAUGAACCUGUCUGCCAUCCAGGAUAGAGAGAUCUGCUGCUAUUCCAUCUCUUGCAAAGAAAAAGACAAUAUAGACAUUACAUUACAAUGGCUUAUCCAGCACUCCAAAUCUAGACGGAGCUGAGGACGCCAUAUCUUCAUCUGCCAUUUUAAAUUUCUUGGAGAGUGUUUUGUGUCUGGGACUUGCCACAAUAUCAAGAAAAUGGAAAGGCGCCCAAACCCUAAGAUUUGCUCUCUCCUUUCAUCUGUCUGUGAAUUAUUGUUCUGUUUUCACAUCAACAUCUUCUUCCUGCAUUCUUCUAAAUUGUAUUUUAACACUUUCCUGUCACCUUCCCUUGUAAGAAAAAAUCAUUUUACCUCCCUUGGUCCAUUUCUUUCCCUUUUUAUUGUUAAUGUGUGAGUGUAUAUAAAUAUACAUGUAUGUAUGUAUGUUUGUGUAUAUAUAUAUAUAUAUGUAUAUGUUUUUAUUUAAUGUAGGACUUUAGUUUAGUAUGCCAUUCUCCAUUGUAUUUAUAUAAAAUGAUGAGAGAAAAUAGAUAAAACAUUCCAGUGCAACAUUAACAUACUACUUAUCUCUGUAUGUAAGCUACAGGUUUUUAAAGGUUUGCACAUUUUUUUUUUUUAAUUUUUAUUUAUUUAUUUUUGAACUCCAAAAGCAUUAAUUUAUUUACAUAAAUUUGUAUAACUCAUCACAAGAGGAGGCAUUGGAUUAAUUAAGGAAUUAACCUUGUUGUAAGCAGGGGUCAUGAGACAUUUUAUUGGCUGGAUUAUGAGUAUAAAAAAACUGAAAUAUGAAGAUAUUGUCUAUUAUCGGACCGCUUGCUGAAAUUUGAUGAUGGGUUAAUAAAAGGCAGACAGAGACAUACUAAUGAGUGAGAUUUGCUGAUAAGUGUGACUUAUUAAUGAUCAUAUCAUAUAGACAUGGCCCUACAACAGGCUGUGUUCAUAGGUUCCUCAUGGCCAUAAUCAAAUAAUACAAUUUCCUUAAUUAAAAUGUACUUAAUUCAUUACCUUUCUGUACUGCAAAGCAAUAUAAUAAGUAUUACCCCGGAAUCCUGACGUAUGUAUGGGGCUAGAGUUGGACAGUUCUCUUCUACAAAAAGCCCCUAAUCAAAAUUCAUCUAUAUCUUUGUUUUGUAAUGUAUUUUUUCAGUAUUUAAUUUGUUUACUUCUAAUAAAUUAAUAAUUUGUGAGCA